UCAACGCAUGCACAAAGAUAACUCAGUUAAAAAUAGACUUUCACAGUGAUGGUUCGCUCUCCAGUAAACGGCCGGUAAAUCAAUAAUUAUAAACACCCAGUGACACUAACUCUGUUAUCAAAUUCAUGAACUAAAAGUAAAUCGAUAUCAACAAAGUUGUGAUAACGUCAGAUAACACAACCAAUAACAACACACCCAUUGUUUAAUUCGCGGUGGAUAAACACCGGCUUUAAUUCACUUUGUGUGCCUCAAUAAUUUACCAGAAUGCAUCGAACGAUUUCAAGAUUUAGCAGCAAGGACAGCAACGACAAAAGCGUGACGAAAUUAGAACAUGAUUUCGAUUUAGGGGAAUCCCUGGGAAAAGGCGGCUACGGACAAAUAAUCAAGGCCAAACGUAAAUGCGACGACAACGAAUUCGCCAUCAAAAUUAUCAAAUUCGAUUCCAAUAUGGAGGACGUCGGGACCAUCAGACGGGAAGCCAAUUUUCUGUCAAAGUUAGGCCACAAUAACAUCGUUCGCUAUUUCAAUUCGUGGAUCGAAACGGCUCAGAUUCCUCUUGCAGAGUACGAAAAGUUCAAGUCGGAUUGUGGGAGUGAGGACUCUUUAUGUUCCGAAAUUCAAAAACUGUCUCUCAAAGGGUGCAUCAGUGACGAGGUCGUUUGUGAAGACGACGACAAUUUCGACUUUGAUUUGUCAGAAGAAGAUUAUGACGAAUCUGAGGACGCAUGCUCCGUAGAAGACGAAGAGGAAGAAGACGAAGACGACGACAGCUACGUGGCUUUCGAGCCUAACUACAAAGAACUAAAGUACUUGUUUAUCCAAAUGGAACUGUGCGAAAAGCGCACUUUGAGAAACACCAUUGACAACAAUCUAUACCUCGAAGACAAAAGAAUUACGAAAUAUUUUAAGGGGAUUUGUGACGGGUUGUGCUACAUUCACAAACACAACAUCGUCCACAGAGACCUCAAGCCCGAAAAUAUUUUUUUGACGUCUGACGAUGUGAUCAAAAUCGGCGAUUUUGGGUUGUCGAAGCAGAUUUCGCUGGAGAGCGAGUUCGAAGGGGCGCAAGGUGGGGAAAUUCCGUACGGAUCGCUCACAGCAGCUUGCGGUACUUCGGUUUACAUAGCGCCGGAGUUGUACCACGGGAAUAGGUUUAACGUCAAAGCUGAUAUUUAUAGCUUGGGUGUUACGUACUUUGAAAUGUGCUCCAAACCCAUGACCCAUAUGGAGAAGAGUCUCACGUUUCCGUUGACUGGACAAAAGUGGAAAAAUAUAACGUUUUUGACGAACACUCACAACAAGAAAAAUCUUCUAAAGACGCUGCUUCACAUCAACCACAACGAAAGACCUACGUGCGAGCAAGUCCUCAAAAUUCUCAACUCGGAAAAAUCUAUCGACGAAAUUAAAACCGUGAUCCAACAAAACAGAAGAGUUACCAACCAAGAGUGGAGGGCUUUUGAGAGAGUGUUGAAGUCAACAAGCGCUCAGAAUGAAGAACUCGCAAGUUUGUUUUUAGCGACGGCUGUGAAGAUUUUUAGACAACACGGUGGUCAAAGCAUUUCCAUGCCAACAUUUGUACCGUCCUUCAACAACCACAACGAUCACUUGACGACUCUACUGAGCAAAAGCGGGAAUUUUUUCUCGGUGUCGAAUACAUCCAGAAUUGCAUUUUCGUACUACGUGACUACGAAAAAAAUUAAAAAUAUUCGUCGGUUUUCAACCGGCAAAGUUUUCAACGAAGGUUAUUUUUUGCCGGUUGAAAGUCAGGAGUGUGCUUUUCAAGUUAUUGCUUCUGAGCCGGACGACUACACCAUAGAUGCUGAGCUGCUUUACGUCGCUGAGAAGAUAUGCAACGAAGUGUUGUCAAAAAGCGGGAAAGAAAUUGCCUUCGUGGUGAGUCACGGAGCUAUUUUUUCGGCAAUAAUGAAGCACUGUAAAUUUUCCAAGAAAGAUGCUUCUAUUCUAACCAAUUUUCUCAUGACGCGGGAAAGGUUGGCCUAUAUUGAAUCGUUUGCCGGGUUUGGAGUUGAUGCCGAAGUUGAAUCGUUCCUACUGAAAAUGAUUCAAGCAUAUCAAAUAACAGAAGUUGAAAAAAUUGUGCAGCAGUUUCGAAACAACGACGAAAAUGAAGCAUUCACCAAAAUCGGUGUUGGUUCCUUAACGCAUGGACUGAACCAAUUGAAGACCAUACAAGAAAAUGCGAGAAAAUUUGGAGUCAAAUCUAGAAUCGUCUUGUUGCCGCUUUUCACAAACCAAAGUUACCCUUCCAGUUUCAUGUUCAAAGUGAUGUGCCAAGGACAGCUGGUCGCUAGCGGUGGCAGAUUUUACUCUUUACUGAAAAUGUGCCAUAGAGUAAAGUCAAAGAAGCAACUGAGGGUGGCAGCUGUUGAUCUUUCUUUUAACGUUGGAAACGUAAUCGAAAUUUUACUUCCGUAUCACGAAAUUACAAGAACUGCCAAUGUCGUGAUUGUCUCUAACGAUAAAAGAAUCGCAAUUCCUCUUUACACCGCGUUGUUAGCCAAAGAAAUUAAAUGCGAGAUUAAAAAAAAUAUAGUUUCAGACUUGAUGGAUCUGAUGGCGAGGCCUCCACUCAUCGCUAUGUUGGAUUCUGAGGAUUCCUGUAAGCUUCACUAUGUACAAAAAACAGAAAAAAAUUUAUGGGUAUUGAAGGAGAUCUUUAGAGGGGACUGGAAGAAGGGCUUGUUUUUUGAAACCAUUUCGAGGGAACUGACCACUCGACGCAGUGUUUCUCCUUUGCCAACCACACACAUUACGAUUUCUCAAAAGUGGCCUAGUGCAUUUUUUAAGUAAUUUUUUAUGAUUCCAAAUAUUUUUUGUAUCUGUAACAACUUAAUAAAUAUAACACGUGAAUUAAAUACGCGUUUAUUCACGAGAA